CAAUGAACAUUGCAUCCAACUCUGACUUCUUUUGAGCUUGUGUAUUGUACCGUGCUUUUCUCAAAGGAUUUUGCUGUAUCACUCAGACAUGUUGUCAGUGUGCUAGAUCCUCAAAAGGAGGAGAUGCAAAGUGUUGAGUUGAUUUGAGGUUAAUGAGUGAACAGAUGUAAACAGAACAGGACAGUUAGUAACAGGAAGUUGGUGUACCACAGGAAGUAGAUAAUGUGUCAGAUCCACCUGUCUACUUUCACACAGCUCUAAAAACCUGGAAAUGACCUGGUUGUUUUGAACUGACAUAGCAGUUGGCUAUGUUACAUGCCUGGGCUAUUAAAAAGAAAGCUCUAUGUCUUUAUUUCAUUCCUAAAGUUUUACAGACUUAUUUAUUGAACCAUUAUGUUCUACCAGACCUCCAUUCAGCUCCAUCCACCACUGACACCAUCCUGCAGGGUCCCAGCACUGCUCUUACAAAUAAUAUCUACGCUGCUGUUAUUAAGGUGUUCAAGGGAGAGGAACUACAGCCGAAUGAACUGUACCGCUUGAAUGAAAAUACUAGGUGGCUUCUAAGGACAGAUAUGGGGUUCUUUAUCAAAGAAUAUUUUCAGAAACAGAUUUUGACCAAAGGUCUAUCAAUCAUUUUGGAUGAGAUUCAGAAGCAUGAAGGAGAGAGACAGCUGUUUGUUUUGGCCCAGGUGUGGGAUAGGUUUUUCACUGAGAUUCUGCCAACGCUGCAGGCUAUUUUAUAUCCUCUGCAGGGGCAGGAGUUGACGGUGAGACAGAUGGCUCUUCUCGGUUUCAGGGAUCUGGUCCUAUUGAAGCUCUCUUUGGGUGACCUGCUGUGCAAGAAUCUGUCUCUCAUCCCAGCAUCCAUCACACAAAUGCUACUUGUGCUACAGGGAAUUCAGGAAUCCAGAGGCCCAUCAAAGCAAUAUUGCCAACUUGAGAGUCUGGUGGCGCUAGUGGUCAGACCCUACUUAUGGAACUGCAGACACACAACCUGCACUGAACAAAGCACCACAAGAGCACAAGUGAGUCAUCCUGAGAUAAGGAUUACUCAUCACAUCUCUGAAGGCUCUCUGCUGUCCCCUGUAGUAGAACAGGAAGGGGAGAUGUACCUUGAGCGAGUGGGAAACCUACGACGCCACAGUGUGACGAAUGCUCAUUCUGACAUUCAGCUGCUCACUGUUACCAGUAGAGUUUACACUGGGCAGGACGACAGCUGCCAAACCAUGGAAAGAAAGACAGAAACUAUCUGACAUUCAAUAAUUUAUAAAGACAAACAUCAACACAUCUGAGCACUGUAUAUUGUGACGUAAAAAACAUGAUAUGAAAAAAUGGUUGUCAGAAUUCCAGUGUCAAUACAAUUAUCAGAUUAACUUGCAUAUAUUAGUCCAUCUGAUUAAAGAAAAGGUAUUCAUACUUUGUCAAAGUUUUUCAAUGAGGCACGUUGAACAUUCACACACUAUUGAGCAGUUAGGUGACUUGGGUAAAA